AUGCGAUAUUUACGUAAGCUUUUGACUGUCGAUGUCGUCACCAUACCAUUAUUGCCAGUCGAGACUAUUCUCAAAGUGAUACAAUCAGCCAAUAUUCCACCUGAAGCAUGGCUUGAUUGUCUUCUAACUGCAUUGUCAUCGGAUUCAAAUGGUGAUCAAAAUGCUAUUUCGUUCGAUUUUACUCCGGUGAUUGUUCCGACACUCACAAUGACUUUCAAUCGAACACCAUCACCUCAAUUCAAGCCGACUCCAUCCAAGCACCGUUCUCCAGCAGUCAAUCAAAACUUUGAUGAUUCGAAACCGGCGAUGAAAGACGAACCAAAACCCGUUGCAAUAUCUAAGCCACCUCCAUUUAAACCGAAGUCAUCGAACGAUUCAAGAAGACUUGCAUCAGCGGAUCCAAAAGCUUUUGAAGCAAAAUUCUGUCGUCAGCGUCAAGAGGCCAUCGACAAUAUGACAUAUCGAACGGCAGUCAACAGCUGGACAGCAAAAAGUCUUGAUGAGGUUGUCAAGCUCAUUCUUCAAUUGUCAUCUGGCAAAAUACGACGUUGA